AUGUAAAUCCCCAGUUUUUAUCUUGUGGAAGUUCUUACUUUCGUUUUCGUUUUCUACGACUUUUGGAAAAUCAUACAGAAAGUGCCUAAUUUAAUUUCAAAACAACGGCUAUUCAAUUUAAUACAAAUGAAGUUUUAGAACAUCGACUAGACCAUCAUACUAUUGUUUCUAUCUUCCUUCCUGAUGGCAUCGGCACCAGGUGUUCGUGUGUUUGAUGUACCGAAAGAUGCUUCAGAAAGAGAUAUCAAAGUUUAUUUCAGUAACCCACGGAAUGGAGGGGCUAAAAUCACCAGAAUCUAUUAUCCUCUCCAGGGAAACGAUGCAGUGGUUUUGUUUGAGGGUGAGAAAGUUAAUCCAAAUGUAUUCCAAGUGGACCAUGUGUUGAGAGGACGAAAACUUAGGGUCCGACCUUUACAGAGACAGGUUUUCUCCAAGGUGACUGUAGAACUGGGAAAAGAAAUAACUUCGUUACUUGAUAACGAUCCAAAGUAUCUAGAUGACAUUCAAUAUGAUGGUGAACUGGAGGUUAUUGCAGAAGACAAUUACACUAUAACCGGGGAUUGGUACCAGAUAGAGUGGGCGUGGCAAUACUUGGAUGAUGUAUGUAACAAACGUGAUGACACAGCUGAUGUCAUACCGAAUGGCUUUGACCAGCAUCCUACAGAAACGCUACGAGGAAACAGCGAUGACGGUGCUAUUUUUGGGGCUUCUUCCAUUCAAAGUGAGGAUGACGUACCGCUCCUACAAUACCCACACCAUACGGAACAGACGGCCGGUUUCCAACCUUACUGGACGGACUCAGACGAGAGACAAAAUGCUGGAUCACAUUUAAUUGAUCCAUACGCUUCUGAUGAUGACGAAUCUGGUUUAGGUUUUAACAUGCUAGCUAGAGACAUAGACAUGCAUCAGACUGGUUUUCCAUGGUUAGAACAUAACAUGGGCAGGAAAGAACAAAAAGGAUAUUCUGUUUCCCAUCAAGACUUUCAAGACGUGCCACUAACAUAUGAUUUUAACGUUUCCUCUUUGAAAAUAUCCGUGUUGAUGAAUGAUCUUUUACAAGAGAAAACCGAUGCCAUUGUAACGUCUGCUUCCGGCGACCUGUCAGCACAAUAUGGUAUAUCAAGAGUUAUUGCCCGUUCAGCUGACCCGAAGCUAAGGAACGAAUGUCGCGAGUAUAUAGAGAGGCAUGGCCAACUCAGUGUUGGAGACGUGAUGCAUACCAGUGCAGGUGGAUCCUUCGAUAAAAAGGUUGGAUUUGUUAUCCAUGCUGUUGGACCUUCGUGGCGAGAAUACAGAAAUGAGGAAUCAGUCCAUAUGCUAACAUGUACCUAUCUUAACAUCUUCCAGUAUUCUAGUAGUAACAUGUGGCUGACAAAUAUCGCAAUGCCUCUUAUUGGUGCAGGUGGUGUUGGCUUCCCAUUAGAUGUCUGUGUACAGGCGUUCUAUGAUGCUUUACUCUUAUUUGUUAUGGAUCCAGAAAACCUUAGUCACUUACAGGAGAUACAUCUUGUAAGUAAUGACGAAGACAGCACGUGUUCAACUAUUGUAGUUUUACGAUCCCUGUUAGAUAUUGACCAAAUAGCUACACAGGAAGCUGCUAAAGAUCGGUAUCUAAAACGCACGGCCGAGUUUGGAUUUAAGGCGAAAAAUUCAAUUAUCGACAGAGAAGAAGAACUAUUGAGUGUAAAAGAUGAAGAUGUGAAACUUGAUGAACUCGAAGAAAAGCAACAAAAACCUGAAGUAAAGCAAAGUGGUGCAUUAAAGGAAGUCGAGCCAGUCCUGGAUUUAACUGAUGACGAAACAAUUUCGCUCUCACCCAAGGAAACCACUGUCUCUUUCACCAAGUCUGGUAGCAGUAGUCAAGUCAUACCGCGUCCGACUGAACACGUCACAGAAACCAUUAAAGAAUGGGACGACACAGAAAAAAUAUCAGCAGUCCCCCAAGCUGAAACGGUAAUAGACUCAUCUAGUUCAGACGAAUCCAUUCCUUUUGGAAUGAUUGAUUCCGACGAGGAUGAAACCAUCCCAAGUAAUAAGUUAGUCUUGUCCUCAGUAGAUAAACACAAUGAUGAAAAAGAGUAUAAAGUGCACCAUCAAUCUUCUGAUACUACUGACUACAGUGGUAGUUUCUCUGAGAAACACGACACAAGCAACCGAGAUACAAAGAUCAAAAGCAAUGAUGACACAGAGAUCACAAGCAGUCAAGACACAAAGGAACUAAACACAUCAUCAAACACGCAAUUAGAUACAAGUAUUGGUAAAACAAUUCAAGAGGAAAGCAAAGACAGUUCACUGACUUUUGACAUCAGUGAUCCAAAGAAAGUUAAUGGUGCUAUUGAAGAUGAAUUACAGAAAUCAAAAGACGGCACAAUUAGUUCAGAAGACGAAACAUCAAGUGUGUCGCUUCUUUCAACGUCGAAAAAGGGACGUUAUGACACGUCACAAAAAAUGUCAAUGGACAAUGGAAUUGAUGAACAUUACGUAAAAACACAGAAUUCUACGGAGAUUGGAGAUCUGCAUGAAAACCAUAUUGACAAGAAUGAAAAUUCAACGAAGACGAAAGAUCUGAGUCCUGAUGUCUAUGAAGUGAAAGUUGACAACGAGAAUACACCAGGGGAUAUCACAGACACUUAGAAAAUGUAAAAUAUAAACUCAAAAUUUAUGAAUAAUUGUUGCACCCUUGCAUAUUAUGAUUUUCCUUCGGUUAUUGAUUUUAUUACGUCGCUAUCCAAUAUAAAAUCAUAUGUAUGACAUUCUAAAAUAUAUUUAAAUAAUUUAGUGUUAAAAAUAAGUAGUUUUGCCAUGAUUUCGAAAAGUGAAAUUGGUAGCAUUAAAAUUAGACAGAAAGCAAACAUUUUAUGAUAUCACACACAAUUAGAAAAUUCAAUUUCAAAUACAAAAUAUUUUAUUUGACGUCAAUUUAGUGAAAUUAUAUGCAUUUGUAGUUAAUUAUAAUUAAACACUUGAUUUAUUUUCGCUGAGGGUGUGUAAUAUUUUUACAUCUGCACAUUUUGUAAAAUGAGUUGCUUCAAACUAAAGUAUACAUUUUAGUUAGAAUGUUAAAUAAUAUAGCAUGUUAACAAUUCUGAAGUAGCUAUAGUAUAUAUACAUAAUUUAAACCAUCUAAAUAUGUAGUGCUUGUUGUGAAUAAGGUAUGUGAAACAUUUACGAAGAAAUUUUUAAACGACCGCAAAAAAUAAAAAAAAAAUGGUCGUAUAUUGGUAUGACGUUUGCGUCGUCGUCGUCGUCCGAAGACAUUUGGUUUUCGCACAAUAACUUUAGUAUAAGUAAAUAGAAAUCUAUGAAAUUUAAACACAAGGUUUAUGACCAUAAAAGGAAGGAUGGGAUUGAUUUUGGGAGUUUUGAUCCUAACAGUUUAGGAAUUAGGGGCCAAAAUGGUCCAAAAUUAAACUUUGAUUGAUUCAUCAAAAAAUUAAUUAUUGGGGUUCUUUGAUAUAUGCCAAAUCUAAACGUGUAUUUAGAUUCUUAAUUUUUAGUCCUGUUUUCAAAUCGGUCUACAUUAAGGUGCAAAGGGCUUAAAAUUAAACUUAGUUUGAUUUUAACAAAAAUUGAAUUCUUGGGGUUCUUUGAUAUGCCGAUUCUAAACAUGUACUUAGAUUUUUAAUUAUGGGCCCAGUUUUCAAGUUGGUCUAAAUCGGGGUCCAAAAUUAAACUUUGUUUGAUUUCAACAAAAAUUGAAUACAUGGGGUUCUUCAAUAUGCCGAAUCUAACCAUGUAUUUAGAUAUUUAAUAUUUUGGCCGGUUAUCAAAUUGGUCCAAUUUGAGUUCUUAAGGUGGUAUCUAACACUACAGGGAGAUAACUCUGUAAAAUCAGCUAAACGUUUUAAUGACGUUGUGUUGUUAAGGGAAUAUUAAGCUUCACACUGAUCAAAAUUGGUGUUUGUCAAACUGCUAUAUAACCAGUGUAAUUUUUCUGACAAAACGGUUGGUUCAAAUUUUUUAAAUAUUUAUAUUUUUGUUAAAGGGUCAAAGUAAAUGCAUUGUCAAAAUAUUAUGAAAAUUAAACGAGCCAAAUUAAUUUUAGUGAAAGUGUUGGGUACCACCUUAAGGGUUUAAAAUUGAAUAUUAUUUGAUUUCAUCAGAAAUUUAAUACUUGUGGUUCUAUGAUAUGCUGAAUCUAACCGUGUAUUUAGAUUUUGGAUAUUGGACCAUAAUAGGUAAAUGUCCAAUUUAAAUUUUUUAAGUCUUUAAGUUUAAGUUCUUAGACCACAUUGAUUCUGUGUCAGAAACCUUUGUUGUUUGAACUAUUUAAUCACAAUCCAAAUUCAGAGCUGUAUCAAGCUUAAAUGUUGUGUCCAUUCUUGCCCAAACUGUUCAGGGUUCGACCUCUGCGGUCGUGUAAAGCUGCGCCCUGCGGAGCAUCUGGUUAAUAUAUAAUUUUAGCCCGUCCUUUAGUCAUUUCGGUUAUGUAUGUUAUCUCAAAUACUUUGAUAGACAUCCGAUUUAUAACCAAUUACUAUACAUGGGAUUUCAACAUUACUUGGAAUAAAUAGAAAGACCCCUGUUGUUUUUAAGUCACGUUGCUAAAGGUCAAGGUCAAUGUCAUAUAAAGAUGUAAGAUAAUUUAAGGUCUUGAAGAAAUGACAGAAAAGAAUGAUACCUAAAAGUAAUAAUGAAAAAACUUGUCACUUAAGUUUCCCACUUAUAUGGGUACGUGGGGUAUAUGUGAACGUUCUCACUAAAGGCCCUUAAAUUAUAGGUAUCAUUGAUAAAUGUUUUCAUUGUUUUAAAUUUGUUAUAGCUUCAAAAUGUCUGCAUUUCCUUUUAUUUUUGAACAAAUAAGUAAAAAGCUUUUGCAAACCAUUUAGAGGAACAAUAUGGGACAGCAAUAAAACUGUUUAUAUUAUCUAGAUCCACGUACUUUCCAUUUCAAACCAAACAAAUACUACUCCUGAUAGUAUGUAUUGUCAUGGUCAAGGUACAUGUAGGGGUUAAAUGGGUCGUCAAUUCCUGUAUUGCCAUCUUGCUGGGACAUUUCAGGAAAAGUGCAACAUAAUUAUGUUGCUUUUGCAGCAAAUUUAUCGUUACAUUCAUCGGUCUUUCGUAUCAUGCGGUGCCCGACGGUGCCUUUUUAUUUAUGUACAUGUAAUGUAAAUAAAUUCAGUUUCUGCUUCGGAAUCCCAUCACAAAAAAAUGACAUAAUGAUUAUGAAAAUCAGACUUUUUAAGACCUUUAGUUAUAUUUAUAUAUAUAUGUAACGUGUAAAUACAAAAGUGUAUUGUAGUAGCGUAUUCUUGUCAUCUUGAUUGUUACAUUAUACAUUUGAUGAAUAAACUAGUCGUACAUUGA